CCACUUCACUGUCACAUUGACACUGCCACAGCUGAUAGUUUAAAUGUUUUGGCUUUACUGGAAUCACUUUGCCACCUGUACUUAGUGCUUUGAUAGUGUUCAGUGUUUUAUACGAAAAUAUACGAGUCCCACUCACAAGAGGGAUUGAUGACUUCAGGUAGAUCAAAUUACAGCAACAGACAUACAGCGUAAUAUUCAUGCACGUGCCACUAUAACCGCCCUGAAUCCUCGAUUUGGAUAUGAUAUGACUAUCACCAGAACUAUCAGAGUGUUGGUAUGAAAUGGUAAAGACACUGCAUGUUUUCUUGCAACUGUGCUGGAGAGUGCAGGUCUAACUAAUCAAUCCCCUCGGCUACAACAACAACCUCAUAGAUUUAAAGCUUCUUCCAAGGGUAUGAAUCAGUACCCAGAACAUCCUUCAAAUAGUAGCAACACACAACAGUCCGCGACUUUCCGCAGAGUCAGAAGUGAAGAGCAUAUUAACUUGGGCUUCCCUAGAUUCAACUCAUGUUGGAUGUCACAUCAAGGCUGGUUCGACCAAACGUCCUCAACUAGCGCAUUUGAUCACGAACGAGUUUGUAAUGCGGAAACAUCCGUAUUCAAUAAAUAUCUAGGUCCAGGCGAUCCAAAUUUGAUAUACAUUCCUCUGCCAGAAGGUCCCAGGCCCGAAUACUUCUUUAGCAAUAUGCCACGACGCUUUCUAGCUCCGCCCCCAAACCCGGGCGCUAAUCAGAGACGGUUUUACCUGAGGCGGUCUAACAGUUCAGGUGGCCCUUUCAACAACAAUUUGGAAGUUUCUCGCAUUCUAAAGGUCCUUCAAGGAAGGUGUUGGAAGCAGGUGAAGAGCGAUAAAACAUCAGCAAAGCAUAGCUUUCAGUUUACUUUGAUGUCUUACAAUGUGUUAGCUCAGAAGCUAUUGGAUGAGCACCCUUACUUAUACCAAACCCAUAACUGUAAAGAUUUAGCCUGGAAAAUCAGAUGGAAGAAUUUAUUCAACGAAAUUAAAACUAUGAGACCCGACAUUUUAUGUCUUCAAGAAGUGCAGCAGUCCCAUUUGAAAGGAUAUUUCAAAGAACUAGAGAUAUUGGGUUUUAAAGGAAUCUACAAGAAAAGGACGGGCAUUCGUUGCGAUGGCUGUGCAAUAUAUUACAGACCAGACCGGCUGAAGUUGGUCGAGUUUGAAACCGUCGAGUUCUAUCAACCGAAUGUUUCCAUUUUGGAUCGGGACAAUAUUGCCAUCGUGGCCAAAUUCUGCCCGAAAAACAGACCAAACGACAGUUUUAUAGUUGCAACUACACAUUUACUUUAUAACCCUAACCGAGAAGAUGUACGUCUGGCUCAGGUUCAACUGCUACUAACAGAAGUAGAGAGAAUGAGCUACUAUGCGAAUGCAGAAGGAAAUGCAAAAUAUCUACCGAUUAUAAUCACGGGGGAUUUUAACUCGUCCCCAAAAUCUCCAGUUCACACUUUGAUAACCAAAGGGUCCUUAAAGUAUAACCACUUGGCGCAGAGGAGGAUGGACACACCAAAGUCGCCAAGCCAUGGCAAUGUUUUAAUGCCAAGUAGUUUACAGAUUACCGAUCAGUGCCAACAUGCAUGUCUAUUGGAAAAAAGACUGGAUAAUAACGACAUCUCUAGAGCGGAAGAAGCCGCGUUGAUCAAGCUUUUCAACACCGACAAAGCUAUCCCAAAACUCAGCACAGAAGGUAUCAAAAGUCGAAACUUAUUUUCGUCGGGAACUUUGAGCCACUUGUUCGCCUUCAAGUCCGUUUAUUGUGCUGGAAGUACCGAAGAUCCUGAAGCGACGACGUUCCAGGAUCAAUGGAUAACUGUGGACUAUAUUUUCUACACCGGGAAGAAAGAGGGUGAAGAAAUUGAAGAAAACAAGUUGAAGCUGGUGUCGGUUUACCGUCUUCCCUUGAGAAGUGAAUUGGGAUCAAUUAAAAUUCCAAACAGUCUAAUGGGUUCCGAUCAUUUGAGCUUAGCGGCAAAGUUUAUGCUCACCAUUUAAGGACCUUGAGUUUCACUCCUGGCAAUACCAUGUGUGAUAUAUAUAUUUUUAUUUUCCGAUUGGACGGUAUUAAAAAUGUUUCAUUAAUAAACGAAUUAGAAUAA